AUGCAGAGAGUAGUAAUAAGUUUGAUUGUUGCGACUUUACUAGUGGUGGUGUCUUGUGAAAGACAAAACAACCACCAACAUCAACAUCAUCACCACCACCACCAUUGUCCUCCACCAAAACCUUGUGUUUGCAAUGGGACUGUUGUGACUCCUGUAACAACACCAUCUCAGCCCGAUGGAGUUUCACCAGCUGCCAAUCAAGUGGCCACUUCAUCAUCGGAAGAAUCGAGUGAGGAACAUGGAUCUGGACACCAUCAGGGACAUGAUCAUGGACAAGGACAUGGACACGACCAUGGGCAAGGCCACGGACACGACCAUGGGCAAGGCCACGGACACGACCAUGGGCAUGAUCAUGGCCACGACCAUGCUGGUCAUGAUCACGGACAAGGAGGUGGACAUGGCCAUCAUCAUCAUCGAUGUCCCCCACCACCACCUUGCGAAUGCCCUCAAGAAUAA